AUGAAGCUCGCCCCCGCCUUCAUCGUCUUUGCUUGCGCCUCACUUGGAAUUGUCAUCGGCGCCCCGGUGGAAUCCGAGUCCGUUCAAGUCGAGAAAGGGUUCAAGUUUAUAGCAGAAGACGCCCCAAUCGAUGCGUUUGCUGGGCUCGACAAACGCUGCAAUGCAAGAGCGGACUCUGUCCUCGAUAAACGCUGUAACAUCGUCGCCGUCUACGAUAUUGCAGUCGAUGAAGCUUUGUGCAGAUCUAGCAACUCGUGCGAACGAGUCCUAGAAAAACGAGUCGGCGACAUUGCACACGAACUGGUUCUAUUCCCUGCCAUUCCGUCAGGAGUAUGGUUAGGCGAGCUCGGCCAGCUCCAGCGAGAACAGAAAGAGGCUAUUACAUUAGCAGUCAACCCAUGA